GUUUUGCAGGCAAGGGAUUCUGCUCGUGAAGACUUGAGGGACUUGGUCAAGAGUCUGCUCUAAACUGUUUUCCUCCAGCGGCAUGGACAGCAUCAGGACAGCGGUGUAUCUCGGCGUGUGUGUGUUAUUGCUCAGCACUGCGUGUCAGACUCACACUUCUCUGGACCACCGACUGUCCGAGGAGCAACAAGUCACCGGAGACAUGGUUGAAGCACUGCAAAAACUUCUGGAAGGAGAUGAAGAAAACCAAAUAAUACUUGAUAAAAGAGCCAGCAUCAUUCCAAGGUGUGAUGUAGGAGAGCGCUGUGCACUGAAGCAUGGACCACGCAUUGGCCGCCUGUGUGACUGCAUGAGAGGGAGUGCAUGCAACACCUUCUUCCUGCGCUGCUACUGACCCAGCCAGCAGGAAGCCCAGCUUCACCUCUUAAAACUGUUGUCUAGUUCGUAAAACAUUUAAUGUAUGUUCGAUAAAUUCACGAAUGAUAUUUAUUUUUGUUUAAUAAAAUGUCUUUAAGACCCA